AUGCCUGUUCCAUGGGAAGCGCUGAUUCCAUUCGGCCUGCUCACUUCGAUGUUCGCAGCGGCGGGCACACUCUUUAACACGUCCAAGAUGGCCCAAAAUCAGGGAAAGCCCGUUCGGUACAAUAUCGACGCAUGGGACCAGAUGAUGAUGGAACGGGAUAGACGACUGACCGGACAUAUCCGUGGCCAGAAGUCCGACCCAACACCCCCUGAAGGCUUCGAAACCAGCAGCGUAUGGUAUACUCACGGCUAUUCUGCGUCGCGAUGA